AUGGCCAGGAGAGAACGGCUGAUCCAAGCGACGGUGACCCUACUAGUCCUAGCGACGUGGUUAUGCCAGAGCUCGUCGGCCGUAGCCGUGCCUGCGCCGCCGCCACCACAACCACGCCCAAAAAACAUCACAUGCGUCCCCGGCGAGCGGGAUGCGCUUCUCGCCUUCAAGGCCGGCCUCACCGACCCGAGCAACUACCUUUCAUCAUGGCGGGUCGAGGAGGACUGCUGCUGGUGGACGGGUGUCGAGUGCAGCUACCGGAUCGGUCACGUUGUCAGCCUUCAUGUCAACAGCGAUACCGACUUGUAUGGUGAAAUCAUGCCCGGAGCCAUUGGAGGUCAGAUAAGCUCCUCCUUGCUCACUCUACGACAUCUCAAGUACCUGGACCUCUCGUACAACAAUUUCAGUGGUAGUCCCAUCCCGGAGUUCAUCGGGGGUCUUAGGAGCCUUAAACAUCUCGCCCUCACCAGCUCGUCUUUCGAUGGGCGAAUCCCUCCCCACCUCGGGAACCUCUCCAAUCUAGUCAGCCUUGACCUCUCAUUUCAGUCACAUGGUUUUUGCUCGCCUGAUCUCGCAUGGUUGUCGCGCCUGCGGAAGCUACAAUAUCUCGACAUGUCUGAGGUGGACCUCAGCGCUAACGUUGACUGGACUCAUGUUGUCAACAUGCUCCCCUCCUUGAUAACCCUUGAACUAGCUGCUUGUGGGCUCCAAAACACUAUGACAUUGCCGUUGCACUCCAACCUCACAUCAUUAGAUACACUCGACCUCGAGUCCAACUCAUUUAACUCAUCCUUUGGAGCCAACUACUUGGCUUGGGAUCUACCUAUGCUCACAUACCUUGAUCUGAGUAACUGCGGGAUCCAGGGUGGCGAUGUGGGAAACCUGACCUCCAUUCAAUUGUUGAGCCUUAGCAGAAACAACUUCUCCCGCAUGGUGCCAUCGACCUUCAAGAAACUAAAGAAACUACAACUGCUCCAACUAUCAGAGAACUUCAUUAGUGGGGACAUAGAAGACCUAUUUCAUAGACUGCCAACAAAUGAGUUACAAGAGUUGGACUUGGACUGUAACAAUCUGAGAGGGAGGCUUCCAGAUCGGCUAGAGCAAUUUAGCAGCUUGCUCAUACUUAAACUCAGUAAUAACAAACUAUCCAGAGAGAUACCCGUUGGUAUACAGGAACUCACAAAUUUGGAGGAAUUAUGGUUAGACUCAAACAACCUACAUGGUAUAGUUACCGAAGACCAUUUCAUAAACAUGACCAGUAUAGAAGUUCUAUGGAUCUCCAACAAUCCGUUAACGAUAGUGGUUGACAGAAAAAGGAACACUCUAUUGAAAUUAACUUCAGCGAGUUUUAGUUCUUGCACCCUAGGCCCCCAGUUUCCUGCAUGGAUUAGCCAACCAACGAUCACCUAUCUUGAUAUUUCAAACACCAGUAUACAUGAUUCCAUACCUGAUGAGUUCUGGACCUCUAUGUGUCGUGCUGAACAAUUGCAUUUGUCCAGAAAUCGGAUUUUUGGCAGGCUUCCGGCAUUUUUUCGGUUUGGUGGAACCAAAGAAAUUGUGUUGGAUAUUAGUUCUAAUCAGCUUGCUGGACCAAUUCCAACACUACCAAAGAACCUAGUCUACUUGGACCUGUCUGGGAACAAUCUAUCGGGCACACUACCAUUACAUAUUGGCACUCCAAAGCUACAAAUACUCAUGCUUUUCAAAAAUUCCUUUUCUGGGACCAUUCCAUUCUCCCUGUUUGAGUUGCAGGAAUUAAAGUUUCUAGACCUAUCAGACAACCUACUAAAUGGGACAAUGCCCAAUUGCCCUCGUGGACCCAAAUUUUCAAGUAUUACUAUGCUUAACUUGAACAACAACGAUCUUUCAGGAGAAUUCCCAACCUUUCUUCAGAGGUGUAAAGAGCUAAAAUUCCUUGAUCUCGCAUCCAAUAAAUUUACUGGGAGUUUACCAACAUGGAUUUGGUCAAAGAUACCAUCCUUAGCAUUUCUGAGGCUGCGGUCAAACAUGCUCACUGGUUGCAUCCCUGAUGAACUCACCAAGAUGAAGGGGCUUCAAUAUUUAGACAUUGCAAACAACAAUAUCUCAGGGAAGAUACCACUAUCACUUGGGAAUCUCAUAGCUAUGGCUCAUAGUCCCAAUAAGCAAGGCGCACUUUUCAAAAUUGUCAACUUUUUUGUGGUCGUCUCCAUCUACAAGAACCCUCAUGCUUAUACCGAUAGUCUAUGGGUGGUCACAAAAGGCCAGCAACUAGAAUACACAACAGGAAUCGUGUACAUGGUAAAAAUUGACUUUUCUUGCAACAAUUUAACAGGGCAGAUUCCUCAUGAAAUCGGCAUGCUCGUCACAUUGAAAAACUUGAACUUGUCUUGGAAUCAUCUCAGCAGCACAAUUCCUCAAACGAUUGGUGAGCUACGGGUAGUGGAAUCUUUGGAUCUCUCACAUAAUGAGCUCUCUCGUGAAAUCCCUAUAACUUUAGCGGAUCUAACAUCACUGGCACACUUGAACCUGUCAUACAACAAUUUGACAGGAACCAUACCAUUUGGAAAUCAGUUAAGAACUCUGGACGACCAGCCAUCCAUCUACAUUGGUAACCCAGGUCUAUGUGGUCCACCUGUCUCAAGGAACUGUUCACAAACUGAAACCACUACACCGGCUCCUGAAGACGAGCAUGAGGGCAUGAGCGACGCGUUGUCAUUAUACCUCGGUAUUGGCACGGGGUUUGUAGCAGGUCUCUGGAUUGUGUUCUGUGGCUUCUUGUUUAAGAGGAAUUGGAGAAUUCGUUGGUUCUUGUUCUCUGGCAGAGUGUAUGAUUGGGUUUAUUUGCAAGUGGCACUGAGUUGGGCUUCACUGGCAAGAAAUAAAUCCGUAGAGGCUGGCUGA